UACCAGCCCAAGAUGCCACAGAAUGAACACAAGGUUCUUACCCAGCAACACGGUUACCAGCCCAAAAUGCCACAGAAUGAACACAAGGUUCCUCCACAGCAACACUGUUACCAGCCCAAGAUGCCACAGAAUGAACACAAGGUUCCCACCCAACAACACGGUUACCAGCCCAAGAUGCCACAGAAUGAACACAAGGUUCUUACCCAGCAACACGGUUACCAGCCCAAAAUGCCACAGAAUGAACACAAGGUUCCUCCACAGCAACACUGUUACCAGCCCAAGAUGCCACAGAAUGAACACAAGGUUCCUCCACAGCAACACUGUUACCAGCCCAAGAUGCCACAGAAUGAACACAAGGUUUCUACCCAGCAACACGGUUACCAGCCCAAGAUGCCACAGCACAAGCACAAGGUUCCUUCCCAGCAACAUGGUUAGCUACUGUUUAGCAGGACGGAAAUUGCCUUAUGCAUCAGCUCUCAUUGCCCUUAAGACUAUAUAGCAGGGCUACUCAAUUUUGUCUGAAGGCUGCA